AUGAAUUUCGAAAAAGAAGACCUGGAUGGCGACAACUUGCCGCUGAACUCGAUGCACCGUACAAAAAGCCGCAGUCAGCCCAGUGGACUCAAUCGCGUAAAAAGCCUCACACGGAAACUAUCGGCGAAAUCCAGGUAUGAUGAAGAAACGAUAAUGAAAUACCAAUGAGAAUGAGGCAAAAAAAUGUUUGUUAUCGAAGACUAUGACCCCACUAGACUUUUGUCUGGCGCCUCACUGUAUCGAAUGUGUCUUUUGAUCUCUGACUCUGAUCACACUCUUUUCUAAAACUUUUUAUGCGGUUUUCGACUUUGUUAAUUUUAUGAACGCAAAAAGGCUUCGUACCCUUUUUCUAUUGGAAAAAUUCAAUCUUUUCUCCGGAUUGUUUCAAAAACAUCUAUUCUCAGCGCGCGAUUUUCCCGCCCACAUCUUGUGUCUUCAAAACAUUUGUCGUGCGUUCAGUAAAUGGACGAUAUACCAACGUUCCACGUUUUCCCCACCUUUCAAUUUUAUCUCUCAAACUUUCUUUGAACGUUUGAAUUUUAGGAAUAACUAAUUCAGCCAAAUGAAAUAACAUAUUUCAACAAUAAUCCUAAAAACAUACUUCUUACAACUUCUAGAUGAUUUCGUAGUAAGAAAGUUUAAAACACGGGCAAACUGCUCCUUAUUCUCAUAAUCAAACAAUUCAACUGGUUAUAUGUAAAUACAAUGAUACAAGACCCUUUUUAGGUUAUAAAAAAAUUAUUCAGUUUAUGGCGGAAAAACAAUAUCAAGGUGCGCCAAAUAAAAUAUUACGAUGUGCAUCGUAGUUUGAGCUUCACAGCUUCUAAAAAACAGGCGAAAAGAGAUAUAAACCCAAAAAAGCGGAAAUCGAAUGCUUCAAGGCACUUCAUUUUUUUUUUCGACUGCACGUCCCGAGACAUGUGCCGCGCAUUGGUGCAUCGCAGUCGUCAAUACAUCGAAAAGUACGCAACGUCACGUGCUUUAAACCAAAUUGUUUUUGUUUUAUCUUCAAAUCGAUAGAGAGACGUUUUGCAGCACUGCCGUUGUACAGUUUUGCUUUCUUCUCUACUUUUUUUCAGCAACUGCUCGACUAGUGACAUACCAUAAUGAUAAUAAAUGAUAACUACGCACCAUUUCUCAAAAACUGAUAAGUUCUCAUUUGACGGUCAUAAUUUCAAUCUUUUGUUUUCUUCCUCUCAUGGAAAAUCGAUGAAACGCGCGUAAAUAUUUACUCGCUAAAGUGAAUCGAUUUGCUACUUUCUCAGUAAACACGGCGAAAAACGACAAUAAAACUUCUUGCGAUCAACAAGAACCAUUUCAAACAAACAGGAAUAGCGCGCUUUUUGAAUUUUCGCUCUACCGUUCUGAGCUCUCCGUUUCGGGGAACUCCUCUGCGCCCUUUGCAUAUCUGAAAAAGGGCCUGGCCUAAAAUGUCGUGCGAUUCCUAAGCGACCAAACAACGUAGCGCACAAUUUUUUUCAAUUUUGUUUUCUUCUUUUUUUCACUCUCAACGUUGUUUUGCGCAUCGAAUUUACGUGUUCUUUUCAGAAAAGAACGAAACCGGGACAAGGAGUCCAGCGUUGACGUCCAAACAAUCAAGAUGAGCUCGCCAUCUGGAGACACGGGAAAAACGGCAGAACCGAAGGGGCAAAUCAAGAUUGGUCACUACGUCCUCAAGGAGACUUUGGGCGUCGGAACCUUCGGAAAGGUUAAAGGUAUGUCAUCUGCAGUGGUUGGAAUGGAUUAUUUCCAUUUGUUCGUCUUUUGUAUAGGCUAAUUGUAGGCAGGCUCUGACCUUUUUUUUUUUUGAAAGAAACUAUUCUGAGAGACAUAUCUCCACUAAGUUGAAUCAUCCAAAUAAAAUAAAUUUGAAAAAAAGAAAAAAAUAUUUCUUGUGCAAUUGCAUCAUUACCUUGUUAGUCUUUGCGAUGGGAAGCUGUAAUUAAUCCAGGACAUAUUUAAUUCAAAAAUAAUUUACUAGGUUUAAGAGUGGCAUAGACAGACAUAAAAAGACUUGUGAUGGAAAAAGUCUUUUAUGCCGUGUUCAAAGUAAUUUCCGCGAAAUGCAAAAUGAUUUCUGACUCUGUAAAAUUUAGUUACCUUUCCCUUUUUCUAACGGGUAAGCACUUUUAACACAGCAUUAGUGUGAACAGGAUAGUUUGAAAAAUCAAAGGUUGUUGGUGCUGAAUUUAUUCAAAAUGAAUUCACAAAAGCAAAAAAAAAGUCAAAGCCUUAAUUACUAACGCUUGAAGGUGAAAGGUUAAUUCAAUGCUAAAAGAUUUUUUUUCAUCUGCAAACUUCAAAAUUGCGCCCUGAUAUUUUUAUGUUUUCAGUCGGAAUUCAUGAGGCAACUGGCUACAAAGUAGCGGUCAAAAUCCUGAACCGUCAGAAAAUCAAAUCUCUUGAUGUGGUUGGAAAAAUUCGCCGCGAGAUUCAAAAUCUUUCGCUUUUCCGUCAUCCUCACAUCAUUCGCUUGUAAGUACCCAAUACUUGAUAAUUCAUGAAAUAAAAAGCUAAACCCAAAUCGUGGUUUUAGGUACCAAGUGAUCAGCACUCCAUCGGACAUUUUCAUGAUCAUGGAGUACGUCUCCGGGGGAGAGCUUUUCGACUACAUCGUCAAGCAUGGACGUGUGAGUGGUUUGACCAUACUAACUGAACUGAAAUUCAAAAGAGAGUUUCCCUGUUUCAGCUGAAGACUAAUGAAGCACGACGAUUUUUCCAACAAAUCAUUUCUGGAGUGGAUUACUGUCACAGGCACAUGGUCGUUCAUCGCGAUUUGGUGAGCUUUCCUACAUAACUGGAAGAAAAUGAAAGCAAAUUCAAUGUUGUAGAAACCAGAGAACUUGCUUCUCGACGAACACAACAACGUCAAAAUAGCCGAUUUCGGUUAGUUCGAAAUCAGUUUGUGCAUUCUCUUAGGGAAGAUUUGCAGGCCUUUCAAACAUCAUGACCGAUGGCGACUUUCUACGUACAAGCUGUGGCUCGCCUAACUACGCGGCUCCUGAAGUCAUCAGUGGAAAGUAAAAUUUCGAACUGUCAUAAUAUUAAAAAAUAGAUUGAAUAAAAUUUUUCACAAAAUAUUCAGCUCUAUUUCUUCUUGUUUCAGGCUCUAUGCCGGUCCAGAAGUCGACGUUUGGUCCUGCGGAGUCAUUCUCUACGCUCUUCUGUGCGGAACUCUCCCAUUUGACGAUGAACAUGUCCCCAGCUUGUUCCGCAAAAUCAAAUGUACUACCCUGAAAAUAUUGAAAACAACAUAUCUUGCUUGACCAAUUUUUUUUUGUGGCUUCUCAAAGUAACACGAAUUCCUGAGAAAUGCUAAGAAAUUCUAUUGUUUGAAUUUUUCCAGUUUUGAAGUCGAUUCAUUUAUGGAAAGAUGUGUUUUCAUUUUGAACAUAUCAAAAUUUACCCAAGUUUUUGCAGCUGGAGUUUUUCCGAUUCCGGAUUACCUGGAGAAGCCGCUUGUUCACCUUCUUCUACACAUGCUGUGCGUCGACCCGAUGAAGCGUGCUACAAUCAAAGACGUCAUGUUAGUUGUUGAUGAAUACAAUGAUUAUCUUUCAAAGAUUUUUCUUCGACAAAAAACCGAAGAAAAUUUUUUUUUUGCAGUGCACACGAGUGGUUCCAGAAGGAUCUGCCAAAUUAUUUGUUCCCUCCAAUAAAUGAAAGUGAAGCUUCGAUCGUCGAUAUUGAAGCAGUCCGUGAAGUGACCGAGGUCAGUAUGAAAUGAGCUUAUGUUGGGAACGGAGAUUCUCGAAUUCAGCGCUACAACGUCGCCGAGGAAGAAGUCACUUCCGCUCUUCUUGGAGAUGAUCCGCAUCAUCAUCUUUCCAUCGCCUACAAUCUCAUUGUGGAUAACAAGCGCAUUGCGGAUGAAAGUGAAAGAAGCAAGAAAAAACCUUUUCAAACAAAAUUUUAGCUGCGAAACUUUCGAUUGAGGAGUUCUAUCAGGUCACUCCAAACAAGCUGCCUCACUCAACUAUCCAUCGCCAUCCGGAACGCAUCGCUGGUGAACAAUUCACUCUAGACCACAUUUGAAACAAAGGGAACAUCACAAAAAGAAGUUUAUUUAUUUGCAGCUGCGAUGAGCAGCAAAAUAACUCCGACUCUUGAUAACGAAACAGCUUCUGCUACCAAAGGAUCGAAGCGCGCCAAGUGGCAUUUGGGAAUCCGUUCGCAAAGUCGUCCCGGUAAGCUUUUUCAUUCAAGUAAAAAAACAAACUUACAAAUAAAAAUGUGUGAAAAACCAUAUUGCUAAAAUGUUUUCAGAAGAUAUCAUGUUCGAAGUUUUCCGUGCCAUGAAGUCUUUGGAUAUGGAGUGGAAGAUUUUGAAUCCCUACCACGUCAUUGUUCGUCGUCGUCCCGAUGCUCCAAUCAGUGAUCCAGUGAGUUGAAGUUUCGGAAAAAGAAUUUAUUUGGAAUUUUCAGCCCAAAAUGUCUCUCCAGCUUUACCAAGUCGACCAACGCAGCUAUCUGCUUGACUUCAAAAGCCUUGUCGACGAAGAAGGUGAAAAUAAUUCUGAGCUCUCAAAAAGAAAAGGGGAAUCACUCCAUUGAGUGUUUUCGGAAAAAGUCUAAACUGAUGAAUUGCAGGAUUUUUCGAAGGAGGAAGCGGUUGUUCGUCGCGCCACGCUUCCAUCUCGUUGCCAAGCAAACCAACUGGAAUCCGUGGGAGCCGUGCUUCGAGCAUUCCUCAGGCCAUGAGCGCCGAAGCUUCUCCGGUUAGAUUUACUUAAAGAAAAAACUCGGUUUCAAAAAUUUUUUUCUGAGAAUUUCAAAAAAGUAUUGAUGAAAAAAGUCGCUUCAAAUCAAUGAUAAAUUCUUUUGAAAGGUUGAGGUAAAGAAUAUAAUAAGGUGGAAAAAAACUCAAGUAUAUUUAAAUUGGAGGAGACAAGGGAAAAUCAAAAAGCUACUCUCAAUUUUCCCACACCUUUCCCUUCUAGUUUGUUAAACUUUUUUGAUUUGUGCGAUCAAUAAAUUGAGAAAACGUUCCCGAGCAAGCAUAAUCAUAGUUAAUUUAAAGGUGCAGUACGACGUGACUCCGCCACCUUCGCCGAACGGAGCGCGUCUCUCCCAGACGAUGCAGUUCUUUGAGAUCUGCGCUGCCCUCAUCGGCACUCUUGCUCGUUAG